AUGCCUGGUGAGCCGUUGGGCGGCGACACCACGAAUCCUUCUACGGGCUCCACCGCCGGGGGUCUGGGCGUCGAUGAAUUUUCGUAUGACUCGACGACGCUGCGCUGCAGCGACGGGACUCUGUACGAGGGGCCGCUUGUCGCCGGCGAGCCGGAGGGGCACGGCGUCUGCGUCUUCCCAUCAGGAACCGUGUGCGUGGGGAACUUCGCACGCGGCCUGUUGGAAGGGCCUGCGGAGGUGCUGCAGCCGUCCGGCGCGCUCUUUUCCGGUGUGUUUCGACGCUCCGUGGCGCACGGCCGCGGCGUCUGCCUCCUCGGUGACAGGCUCACACGCGGCAAGUGGAAAAAUGGGGAGAUGGUGGAGGAGGUGAGGGCUGAAUCGGGCGAUGGAGACCGCGGGCGCAUCUUGGCUUCCGUUGCCAGGGUGUUGCGUGGCCACCUACGUGUUCUUCUCUGCGAUGGAACUACAUCACAGCCCAUGAAUGUCGCCGGGGCCACACGCAUCAAUGAGCCGCUUGUGCACUUUGGUCGAAAUCAAUUAAUGGGGCCGAACUCUUCUUUUGCUAGCGAGGAACGCAAUGAGUAUCAAACUGGCGUCACAUCGGGCAAUGCGCCCACAAGAUCCCCAUCGUAUACACGGGUGCUCAAUUCGGGGAACGUGCAACAGAACCAACCGAUGGAUUUGGAGGGAUCCUUCUCGUACAGUCCGGGGAAGCGGCGGCAGUCGGCGGCUGACGGCCAUCAGCAGGAGAAGUCAGUGCCGAAGAGUAUUCUUGCAACAGGAGCUUCGCCAGAAGCAAUAUUCUCCUCUGCUGCGCCUGCGGCGAAUGAGAUGUUCUCACUAACACAAUACGCAAAAUACUGUGCUUUUUUUUUGUUCCCGUUCCUUUCGUUACCACAGUUGCCUUUCUCCCCAAUACGCAGUGCAAUGCUGGAUAUGGAGCGUGAGUUUGUCGUCAGCGGUGCCCCUCUCUUGAGGGAGUUCGAUCCGCCAGUUGUAUCUUUAUACCUCACCACUUUAGCUAUGUGUUGCCAAAUCGCAGCCACUGCGAUUGUGGCAAUGAAGGUCAAUCUGGGGAAUGCGAGUGAAGGUCGUAUGACCCUUGCGGAGAUGUCUGUUCCGUGUGUGCUUUGGGUAACGCAUGCUGGCCUCUUAGCGGGAUACAAUAGCUAUUUGCGUGUGGCGCACGCACUUGAACGUCUUGACCGUCGUUUAACGCCGCGCCUCUCUGCAUUCGCUGCUGGUCUUGUGGAUGCCAAGACAAAUGUCUGUAUAUACACCUGGGAUGAUGAGGGGCGUGGUAUGGUAACGGACUCGAACUACCGGUACCGCUGGGUGAUGGUGUCUCUCUUUGUUGGCAUCAUCAUGGGAAUAGCAGCACCUCUCACGCGUUUAGGAUUUGGGAACUCAUUGUUCGGGAGUGAUGUAUACGAAAGGUCAGCAGCAAUUCUAGUCCUUUCAUCUGAGAUCUUGUUUUCCUCCACCCUUGCGUACUAUGUGGUGAAGAUGACAGACAUGCAGCGACAAAUGUUGGAGCAAAUGCGGGUGCUCACGCGACUAGCAUAUCUUGAAGACAGAAGCAUGAUGCGGCCAAGUGAGUUCUUGAAACAUCGGUUUAACUUUGAAGAGCCGUUGAAUCUGAAUGAUGUUUUCAGUGGCGUAGUCGGAUGGUAUGUCGUCCGCUCACUUGUCCUCUAUGCAGCCACGUGCUCGAACCACGCAGCGCGAAGUACUGCCAUGAGUAUAUUUUUCUUAAUGGUGCUUUGUGGUUUUUUGGUGACCAUUGGAGACAUUGUGUACAUGCUGGUUGCCGGCCACGUCCACAACGGCACCUACUUCUCUACAGGGCACACUUACGCUAUUGUACUUUGUACCGCUUGGGCCAUUCUGCUCCUGCGAUACCUUUACGUGUGUGUUAGAACAGUCAGCGAGCGUGGACGCCAUCUCUAUCUUCUCGAUGUGGCGUCGCUCUACCACCGCCUAAAACAGAAAGAAGGUGACUUUAGCGGUGACACUAUUGCAACGUGCCGUCGAAUGCUGGAGGCAUACGAUCAACUCCCGUGCAUAUUCUCUACUUCUGUCACGCCGCUUAUGCUUACGGUCGUUCAUUUUAUUCACCUGGUGGCAUUAGUAGCUGUUUUCGUAGAUCUGUACAUCGCUGUCUCUUACCGCUAA